GUGAACCAGUCAAGAGCUUCGGCAGUAUUUGGUGAGGUGAUUUGCCUUUGAUACGCUUCAGUUACUACAACAGGCGCGUAAAAUCCACGUUUGGCUUUCGUGCGCCUUUUUACGCACAGAAAUCUUCACUCUGAGUUUGACCAGUUUGACUUGUUGAGCUUCCUGCGGAGAGGAGCAGCUAUGGAUUUGGUGUAUCUGGUGUGCUUGGCGCUGACCGUGGGUACUUGGUUUGCCUCCGCGGAGAGACACAGCGUGUAUUGGAACAGCUCGAACCCACACUUCCUGCAGGACGAGUACACGGUGGAGGUGAAGAUCAACGACUACCUGGACAUCGUCUGCCCCCACUACGCCCACGGCGAGGUGCCGUCGCAUGCGGCCGAGCGCUACGUCCUCUACAUGGUGGAGAAGGAGGACUACGAUGUGUGCAAGCCUCACUCCUUCGACCAGCUGAGGUGGGAGUGCUCUCGGCCCUUCGCUCCUCACGCUCCGGAGAAGUUCUCGGAGAAGUUCCAGCGAUUCACCCCCUUCACGCUGGGCAAGGAGUUCAGACAAGGAGAAAGAUACUAUUAUAUCUCUAAGCCGAUGCACCACCACGGCCAGGACUGUCUCAGGCUCAGAGUGGAUGUCCUCGGGCACAAAGGCUCUGCGAAGACUCAUGUGGACAAAUCCAAGGCCGAGGACACGGGAAAGAGCUUCGAUGGAGGAAAGGGAAAGUUUCACGCCACGGGAGGAGUCCACAACCCCUCUAACCGGCUCCCAGCAGAUGACCCAGCUGUGAUCGAGCCGGUGGUCCAGCCGGUGAUCGGCAGCUCCGGAGCACAGCUGGCCUCGCUCUCGAUCCUCCUCACCAUGAUCCCCGUUUUAUUAGCCCUGACGCUGCAGUAAAGCCGGACGGAGCAGAGACUUUUCAAACCCGACGCCGGUCAUCGGGACACCCAGAGACUUUUUUUUUAUACAGAUUUUUUUAUACGAGCAUGGACAGCGUGUGAUGGUCGGUGUGUUUUGAUGUGUUUGUGGCGUGAAUGUGGAGCGUAGAUCGCCCCAGAGAUCUUUUCUUUUUUGUGUGUUUUCUUACUUUAUUGUGAGGAUGGAAAUUCUCAGAUUUAACCGUUUAAGAUGCACACUUUUGAACAAAAAAAACGAGCAGAAGAACGAUCAAAAUGACGGCAAGAUUCCAUCACCCUCAUUCAUCGUGUGAUUCCACGUCUUGGUACCGUUGUGCACACUCAUUUUUUUUCUUCCUCUACAUGUAGAGAAAUUAUUGAUUUUGUGUAUUGUUGUUGGCAACUGCCACCGUGGUUAUGUAGGAUCUUUUUGUCAUGUUGUGUAGCACUCCACUCCCUUCGCAUUUGUCAAGUUUUAUGUGACGUUGUGUUUCAGUUCAGUCGUAAGACGAGAAGUCGAGAAGAGUAGUCCUCAAACAAGUGUUUUUUCCAAGUGGUUUAGUUUAAAUUUUCAUAAGAACGCAUUGAAACUAUUAGAAUUCUUGCAAACUUCAAUUUCAGUUUUGUCUUUAAAAGGUUGUGAGUCACUUAUCAAGAGAUCAGAACAGAUAAAAUCCAAAACUAAUGAGAUUUUCAGUUACUACUUCUUCUUAUUCACUCAUUUUUUUCUUCUACGUCUUGAUGCUAUCAUGGUACACUGGCAGAUGUUUGCAGAUGUGAUCAUCAAACCUCCAACUGAAGGGACUUCCUGGAAUCCAAUUGUUUUUUUUUUUUUUGAGUUGUUAAACAUGCUUGCGCCAUUUUGUAAAUAUUUAUAUGUAAAUUUGUACAUAGAGAAAACUAUAAGAAACUGUUUUAAGAUGUGAAAUAAUAAAAAAAUGUGAUGUCAUAAAAAAUAAA